AUGAUAUCCAAGGACAGCGGCAAAGUCGGUCUAAUGACGGAUUAUGACUUCCUGGUUGCGUUCACAACGGAACGGCGGGGCAAGGUUCUACCUGAGUUGGGAAAAGCUGAAAAGGGCAUUGAGAUACUAUCUGCUUUCGUCACAAACAGACCUGAUCUCAGCGGAGACCCUGACGCAUUGGACCCGGAUUUGAGAAAUCCCAACCAUCUUGCAAAUUCUAUGCAUGGCUGUGUCUUCGUUCUUCUCGCUCAUAGUCUCAUCGUCGAUGGCCGAGAAGAAGAAGCUCUUCAAUAUCUCCUGGCGUGGAAGCCGUUUGAGCCACCUUCGUUCCAGGAACGUGGUGUCAUUCGAUACCGAGACAGAUCCUUGGCGGAGUUCUAUGUUUCAAAGAAACGAUGGGGUGAGGCGGAGGAUGUGUUGAAGUCACUGCUUGUCCCCGAUAUGGAAGAUGCUAGUACAUAUGCCGGCUCACUGGGCGAGGGCUGGACGAUCCAACAACUCGCGGAAAUCAUGAUCGAGACCGGCCGUUACGAAGCAGCUGGCAAGCUUCUGUUCCCAGCUAUAGCCACAAGAGAGGCAGCCGGGAACGACAGCCGUCAAGACACUGUCAGUCUAAUGCUAGAUCUAGUUGCCUGUCUCUUAGGCCAGAAGGCGUUGGAUGUCGCUCUGACGCAGUUGCUCAAGUUGCGCCAGACUCUGAAAGCGAAGGCCGACAGUAUCAACAACCAGAGCAACAGCGCUACUUCAUCGCAGAGAAUGCUGACGGACCUCACAUACGUGUGGUGUCUGGCCGCCAGGCUGUCAAUCUCCCUGGGCGAUUGGAACGAAGCUAAGUCGUGCUGGCUGAAGGCUUUGGAAAUGGCGGAACGGGUCUCGUACUUCAACGGCUCAAACCACUUCGUCGUCUUUGCAAUCAAGGUAUCGCUUGCGCACGUUUACUGGACGAUCGGCGAGUCACCUUGCAGGUCUGUUGAGGAUCUAGAGCUGGAGGUUAAGGCGACAGAUCUUGAUAACGGAAGGUCUAUCAACGACGUUGGGAUUAGCAAAGAAUGGGUGGAAACGCUGAAGUCAUGGAGAAGUGGGCUUGGCGAAGACAAGAUCAAGACGUAA